CGGAUGUUACAAGCCAUCAUCGUUAUCACUGACGCAGCACCUAACCCCGUGUUCCGCUCAUUUUUGUAUGAGAUUCCAUGGCAAUUUGGUCUGGGUGCGUUUUCGUGCUAUGUCUUUGGUAUUGCCCAUACCGUUGCAGAUAGUAGCAAAUCGAUCUACAGUGCAUGGUUCCAUUCGCCAGUACGUAUCGAUUUACUCGGCACUAUUUUCAUCAGUCUUCCCUAUGUCACAAACAACAUAUGCUCUAUUGCUGCCGGUGUUUAUGCCGAACGCGGCGACGAUUGGCAUGCUGCCCAGUUUACCCACGCCUUGUAUUAUCUUUGGACAAUCUACUGUGGAUCCCUGGGCUUUAUGAUUUUGUUUGCUGGGCUCCGUCUUUUGCGGCUUUUGAACCACCAUUUAAGGAUGCAGCAUGAUCUGCGUGUCAAUAUUGCUAAAAUUAAGACGGGUACCUUGAAGGUGAAAAUCAUCAUGGUAGUAGGCUGUGUCUGCUUGUGGGUGUUUGCUUUUAUUUUGUGCAUGUACGGUGUAUUCCGCGACCCUGUUACACGCAACACAGCUUUGAAUUUAACCAUCUCCGCCGUGUGGACUUACGACGGUGUCGUAGCCACGUUACUGGUUGAGCUUGCACUCAUCCUCAACCCUCGCAUGACCGCCUCACUAGGUGUCUCCAACAUGAGCGGAUCCCAGUCUGAACCAACCCAGAAUUCGUUGACCUCAAGCGGCGCACGGAACGUUACAUCAAUGGAUACGACGCAGUCCAAAUGGGAUAAGUACCCCGGAACCACUAGCCGUGGCAGUAUUGGUAA